CGCUCAGCUGCGACCGGACAAGCGAGACGACAGAACGACCGACAGAUCUUCUUGCUAUUUCUUGAGACUUUGAGAGAGGAGCAAGGAAACUUGGGAAGGAAGGAGGGUUGAGAAGAAGCUGAGAAUGGGUGAAGGAGAAGAGCAAGGGAGAUUGUUGAGGCUGAAGGGAACCCGCAGCAGACAGAGCACUAGAGCAGACAGCACCACCAGACCACCGCCCUCAGGCCCUCCUCUCCCUCCUCUAGCUCUCCCUCCUCUCCUGCUUUCGGCACUGUAGAAACUUUUACAUAUUUUCGGGUAGUUUUCACGACAACGUUGUCCGCGACACCCAAAAUACACACAGCAACCAACGACCACCAACAUCACAUCAACCAACCAAACAGACAGACAGACAAACCUCCUUCAGUCCAUCAGCGCAGCGGCUCGCAGUGUAGGCAGACAGGCAUGGUGAAGAAGCAGAUCACGCAGGACACCUUCAAUGAGGUGGUCCAGGAGAACAUCACCGAAUUUGACAUGUCGCCGGAGGAGGCCGUGAACGACGCAGUGGAACAAUUCACAGCGCAAGGGAUCGACUUGUCGAACAUUGUCAAGGCGUUGGCGUUGGAAGCCGUAGGAGCUGGAGAAGCAGGCGAAAGCCCGGCUGUGGGCUUGUUGGAAGAGCUGAAAACAUGGACACAGGGCGAUCAUGCAGCCAGCGAGGGGCAGGAUCUGGACAGCGCCGUCACAGCAGCUGUAGCCGAAGUGGAAGCGCCACUAUCAAAGCUGCUUGAGCUGCUGCCGGAACAGGAGAACCGUGCGCUGGCGGGGGCCAAGGGCGGGUUCACCACCCUGCUUGCCGUCAUUGAGCGCGUGGCGCAGCUUGCUGCGGAGGAUGCGCCACACAGUGAGGACGCCAAGGCCAAGGCCACACACGCCCUGGGCGUCGCUCUGCAGACACUCGCGGCACUGCUAGAAGGGCAGCCGGAUCUGGUCACACCACCCAACCCGGACAGCGUCGUGGCUGAGGUCCACGACAACCACCAGCACAUCAAGCAGCUGUGCGAGCACAUGACGGCUUUCAAGCACGUGGGCCACAUCCAGCAGCACGGCAUCACAGCCAUCCGCCACGCGUGCACCAAACACGAAACAAACCGGCAAACGUUUGUCGCAGAGGGGCUGAUUGAGCUUCUGCUGCACUGCGUGGAGAAGCACACGGAGCAUCCGGCCGCGGUUGGGGAGGCGGCCCGGUGCUUGCGCAUCCUCACCUUUGACGACGACAUCCGCGUUGCCUUUGGCAAGGGCCACGAGCACGCAAAGCUGAUGGUGAACCAGCACAGCGCCCUCGCCCGCAUCAUGAACACCCUGGCGGCGUUUACGGAGGACGCUGCCACCACGGCCGAGCUGUGCAAGACGUUGGCCAAGCUUGCCGUGCGCAAUGAAUACUGCCAGGAGAUUGUGGACCUGGGCGGGUUGAAGCUCCUCCUGCCAUCGCUCACAGCCCACGAGGACAGCGUCGAGGUUGCUGUGUCUGCGCUGCAGGUGCUGCGUGCGAUUGCGGGCAACGACGACGUCAAGGCGAAGAUUCGCGAAGUGGGUGGUGUGGAGGCCAUCAUCGCAGUCAUGACCCGGCACGUCAAACAGCGCGCCGUGCAGGACAAAGGGUGUGCUGCGCUUGCUGCGGUGUGCCUCCGCGAUGUCGAGAAUAGCAAGGCGGUGAUUGAGGCUGGUGGCGCACACGCCAUUGUCAAGGCCAUGGUCAUGUUCCCAGACAGCGCAAGUCUACAGAAGAACGCCGCCAGGGCGCUGCGCAACAUUGCCGCACGCAACCCGGACCUGCGGGCGGCCAUCUUGGCGGAGAGUGCCGAGCACUAUCUGAAUGUUGCCAUGGAACGCAAGGAGACAUAUGAGGACGCAAAGGCGGCGCUGCGGGACCUUGGCUGCAAGGUCACUCUCUUGGAGCCGUGGAAGGGCAACGGCAAGGGCGUCAAGGAGUGACGGUGUGAUUGUGAGUGUGCGUGUGUAUGUGUUUGUGUAUGCGUCUUGUUGUGUUUUUGUGUAUGCGUGUUGUUGUGUGCUUGGUAUGCGUGCGUGGUCAUGUGUGUUAUCGCGUGCGUGUUCGUGUGUGUGCGGGGUGUCCUUUUUGGCUGUUGUGUUUGGUCUUCUUGUGUGUGAACAUAGCAUAGCAUUUGUGGGCUUGCUUGCCAUAUGAAUGAGUGAUUGAAGCU